AUGAGUAACCCAUUUGACGUUUUAGGUAACGACAUUGAAGAAGCUGAUGCUUCAUUCAAAGCUCCAAGAGAAAUUGUCAAGAAGAACACUUCUUCUAAAAAAACUGACACUGCUCCACCAUCAGCUAACAAAGACCGUGCUAACAAAAACCGUCCUCAAGCUACUGGUAACGAAGCUGCUUUAAAAGCUGGUAAAGCUGGUAGAGAAGCUAACAAAGCUAAAGGUGUUGAAGAACCAGUUAGAUCUAAAAAACCAGUUAAAGGUGGUAAAACUGAUCGUCACUCAAGAUCAGGUAAAACUGAUUCCGACAAAAGAGUUAAACAAGCUGGUUGGACCGCUGAUGGUGAAGCUGAAUUAGAAAAUGAAUUAGAUGGUGCUGAAGAUGCUGCUGAAGAAUUAAAAGAAGAAGACAACAAACCAGCUAAAAAAUCAUUAGAAGAUUUCUUAAAAGAACAAGAAGCUGCUUUAGGUGUCAACUCUGCUAGAAACGUUAGACAAGUUCAAUCUUCAGGUGAUGACGAAGUUAUUGCUAAACAAGAAGAAGUUUUCAUUGCUCCAACUAAAACUAAAAAUGUUAAAUCAAAAGCUUUAAAAACUAAACAAUUUUUAGAUUUUGAUGCUACUUUUGCUGAUGAAGCUCCAAGACCACAAUCAACCAGAGGUAACAACACCAGAGGUGGUAGAGGUCCAAGAGGUAACACCAGAGGUAGAGGUCCAAGAGGUGGUAACAACACCAGAGGUCCAAAAGGUCCAAAACAAGCCUCAGGUCCAUCAAUCAAUGAUGAAGCUAACUUCCCAUCAUUAGCUUAA